AUGAAAUGCCUUCCCAUGUCCAAACUACAAUCCGCCAAAGGCAGAGUCUUGCAUGACUGGCACGCCGAAGUCCUAGUCAUCCGGGCCUUCAACCACUUCGUCUUGCAGGAAUGUAAGGCCAUCAUAACCGAUGGCAAAGAAUCUCCUUACCUUCGCCGGAGCAUCAUCAGCAGUGACGCAACGACCGAAGGACCAGGGUGCAAGCGCCCAGUCUGCUGGAGGGAAGAUGUGACGCUGCACAUGUACUGCUCAGAGGCUCCCUGCGGCGACGCAUCCAUGGAGCUGACCAUGUCCGCUCAGCAAGAUGCGUCCCCAUGGGAGGCCCCGCUGCCGCCGCACCUGAUGCCCGAGAAGGCAUCCACGCCAGAGCUAGCCCUCCUCGGGCGCGCGUGCUUUGACCAGCUAGGCGUUGUCCGGCGAAAGCCAGCUCGUGCCGAUGCGCCUCCCACGCUGUCCAAGUCCUGCUCGGAUAAGCUGGCGCUGAGGCAGUGUACCUCGCUUCUAAGCUCGGUCACAUCGCUCCUGGUCUCACCAAAGGGUGUAUAUCUCACUUCUCUGGUGCUGCCGGAGAGCCAGUUCUCCGCCGCGGCGUGCGGGAGGUGCUUCUCGGCCCAGGGCAGGCUGGCACCCGUGAGCUCUGUGGAGGGCUCGUGGGAAGAUGGGUACGCGUUCCACCCAUUCGUGGUAUGUACAACUGAAGUGGAAUUUGAAUACUCCCGCCGUGGGCCGGCACAUAGUGAGGAGCUACGUUACGUGGCGAGCAACCUUGCUACGGCUUGGUCGUGUAAUGACCUGGCGGAGAACUUGAUUGGUGGUGUGCUCCAGGGGCGGAAGCAGUCGGAUGCACGAGCAGGCAGUGCGGUCUCGAGGGGGAAGAUGUGGGCUUUGGUGGAGGAGAUUGCACGCCUGGUCGAGCCGAACGUGAUUCCGCUGACGCUUGAGACGUACGGACUUGUGAAGGAUAGCCUCGACCUAGCUACCAGAAGCAGGGUGAAACAAGACGUGCGAGGAAUGGCGCUUAAGGGAUGGGUCAGGAAUACUGGUGACGAGGACUUCAACCGACCGCCCUGA